AUGGACGGCCUUCCCGACGAGCUGCUCGUCCGAAUCCUGUCCCUCCUCUUCUCCUCUCGCCACUUGUAUUCGUGUUCUCUGGUGAGCAAGCGGUGGGCACAUCUGGUAAGGCUCGUCACGCAUUUCAGCCUGGAAUCCACAAGCGCCGCCGCCGAGGAGCAAGGCCUCGUCCGCUGGUUUGGCAGCAGCAAUACUGGUACCAACCUCCGAUCCUUGUCUUUCAGCGCUGCGCCAUCACCCAAGCGCUGCUGUUCGCUUGGCUGGCUAGAGGGGAUUGGCAAAAAUCUCCACUCGCUUUCCAUCGGCAGCUAUACGCGGUUUGUGGAUGGUUUCUGGAGCAGCAUCGCGGCCUGCCAGAAGCUCCGCUGCCUUCACAUCGACGCCAUGCUCGAUCCUUUGCCAGCGGAGGCGGCGCCGCCCAUCCUGCCCAAUCUCCGCUUGUGCUUUCUUGAGGGAGGAGUGGAUGUUUUCACCCUGCAGCAGCUCCUCGCGCACUGGAAAUCUCUUGUUCAUUUGAAGCUGAACAACGUCGUGGUGAAAUCGCCCGGCACGUAUCUGCUCGAGAGCCAGAGCCUCGACUCCCUCUUCCUGAGGACCAGGAAGUCCGUCCAUGUCAACUUUUCUAUCGCCUUGGACAUGCCCAAGCUCCGCUGUAUGUUCUGCAAUGCGGUGCCGCGCGUGGAGCUCCUCCCGUCUACGUGCAAUGUGGAGUGGAUCAAGCUGCAUGGGGACGUGCGGGACAUCCAGGGCCUGCGCUUGUCCAAGCUCAAGAUGCUCACCAUCGGCAGCACCUUUGCUAGCUCUGCCCACCUCACGCAGAGGCUCGAGCCCAUUGUCAGCAGGAAGUCCAGCCUCGGCGGAAUCAGGGAGCUGCAUCUGUUGCUGAGUCCGGCGGUCUUGCCCCACCCUCGCUCCGUCAACCUCGCCGCACUCCUGGAGCCAUUCCACGGCCUCGAGGUGCUCGAAGUCGCUCGCAGGGCGAUCAAGCUGCUGAGCCUGGAGGAGUGGAGUGACAGGCAUGCACCGUUGCGCGUCCGCAUUUUCUCGCCCUACUCAACCGAGGUGGACGUGGAGAGCGCGUGGAACAGCGACGAGGUUGAGUUUGUGUGGGGGCUCAUGGGAAGCAGCAGCUGUGUGACGCUGCUCGAGAUACAGAGCUUGGCGGGUUGUCGGGUUCCAGAAGAGCGUCGGCCUCGGAUUCCAGGAGCAAUCCAGGAGGUGGCGGAUGCGUUCCCGGGGCGUGUCAAGCUGCAUCCAUUUCGCUAUCAAGUCCCGCGGAUGUGCGGCCAGCUGUGGCACCUGAUCAAAGCUGGAGUCUACUCGGAAGCUCUGCACACUGAGAGCGACCACCCAUGUAAAUGUGUUGACGUCGUGACCAUGUGUGCAUGA